AUGAAGUGGGAACUGCAGGCAAGGGGGGACCAGGCAGCAUGGAGGUGGGGAAAGGAUGGUAGCCAGGGAGGGAAAGGAGGGCAAGAAGUGGGAGGAAGGAAGACAUGCAGCGAGGGGAAAGGAGACCAGACAGUGGGGGAAAAAGGUAACCAAGUGGUGGGGAAAGGAUACCAGACAGUGGGGGAAAAAGGUAACCAAGUGGUGGGGAAAGGAUACCAGACAGUGGGGGAAAAAGGUAACCAAGUGGUGGGGAAAGGAGACCAGACAGUGGGGGAAAAAGGUAACCAAGUGGUGGGGAAAGGAGACCAGACAGUGGGGGAAAAAGGUAACCAAGUGGUGGGGAAAGGAUACCAGACAGUGGGGGGAAAAGUGGGGGAAAAAGGUAACCAAGUGGUGGGGAAAGGAGACCAGACAGUGGGGGAAAAAGGUAACCAAGUGGUGGGGAAAGGAGACCAGACAGUGGGGGAAAAAGGUAACCAAGUGGUGGGGAAAGGAGACCAGACAGUGGGGGAAAAAGGUAACCAAGUGGUGGGGAAAGGAGACCAGACAGUGGGGGAAAAAGGUAACCAAGUGGUGGGGAAAGGAGACCAGACAGUGGGGGAAAAAGGUAACCAAGUGGUGGGGAAAGGAUACCAGACAGUGGGGGAAAAAGGUAACCAAGUGGUGGGGAAAGGAGACCAGACAGUGGGGGAAAAAGGUAACCAAGUGGUGGGGAAAGGAGACCAGACAGUGGGGGAAAAAGGUAACCAAGUGGUGGGGAAAGGAUACCAGACAGUGGGGGGAAAAGGUAACCAAGUGGUGGGGAAAGGAGACCAGACAGUGGGGGAAAAAGGUAACCAAGUGGUGGGGAAAGGAUACCAGACAGUGGGGGAAAAAGGUAACCAAGUGGUGGGGAAAGGAGACCAGACAGUGGGGGAAAAAGGUAACCAAGUGGUGGGGAAAGGAGACCAGACAGUGGGGGAAAAAGGUAACCAAGUGGUGGGGAAAGGAGACCAGACAGUGGGGGAAAAAGGUAACCAAGUGGUGGGGAAAGGAUACCAGACAGUGGGGGAAAAAGGUAACCAAGUGGUGGGGAAAGGAGACCAGACAGUGGGGGAAAAAGGUAACCAAGUGGUGGGGAAAGGAGACCAGACAGUGGGGGAAAAAGGUAACCAAGUGGUGGGGAAAGGAUACCAGACAGUGGGGGAAAAAGGUAACCAAGUGGUGGGGAAAGGAGACCAGACAGUGGGGGAAAAAGGUAACCAAGUGGUGGGGAAAGGAGACCAGACAGUGGGGGAAAAAGGUAACCAAGUGGUGGGGAAAGGAGACCAGACAGUGGGGGAAAAAGGUAACCAAGUGGUGGGGAAAGGAGACCAGACAGUGGGGGAAAAAGGUAACCAAGUGGUGGGGAAAGGAGACCAGACAGUGGGGGAAAAAGGUAACCAAGUGGUGGGGAAAGGAGACCAGACAGUGGGGGAAAAAGGUAACCAAGUGGUGGGGAAAGGAGACCAGACAGUGGGGGAAAAAGGUAACCAAGUGGUGGGGAAAGGAGACCAGACAGUGGGGGAAAAAGGUAACCAAGUGGUGGGGAAAGGAGACCAGACAGUGGGGGAAAAAGGUAACCAAGUGGUGGGGAAAGGAGACCAGACAGUGGGGGAAAAAGGUAACCAAGUGGUGGGGAAAGGAUACCAGACAGUGGGGGAAAAAGGUAACCAAGUGGUGGGGAAAGGAGACCAGACAGUGGGGGAAAAAGGUAACCAAGUGGUGGGGAAAGGAUACCAGACAGUGGGGGAAAAAGGUAACCAAGUGGUGGGGAAAGGAGACCAGACAGUGGGGGAAAAAGGUAACCAAGUGGUGGGGAAAGGAUACCAGACAGUGGGGGAAAAAGGUAACCAAGUGGUGGGGAAAGGAGACCAGACAGUGGGGGAAAAAGGUAACCAAGUGGUGGGGAAAGGAGACCAGACAGUGGGGGAAAAAGGUAACCAAGUGGUGGGGAAAGGAGACCAGACAGUGGGGGAAAAAGGUAACCAAGUGGUGGGGAAAGGAUACCAGACAGUGGGGGAAAAAGGUAACCAAGUGGUGGGGAAAGGAGACCAGACAGUGGGGGAAAAAGGUAACCAAGUGGUGGGGAAAGGAGACCAGACAGUGGGGGAAAAAGGUAACCAAGUGGUGGGGAAAGGAUACCAGACAGUGGGGGAAAAAGGUAACCAAGUGGUGGGGAAAGGAGACCAGACAGUGGGGGAAAAAGGUAACCAAGUGGUGGGGAAAGGAGACCAGACAGUGGGGGAAAAAGGUAACCAAGUGGUGGGGAAAGGAGACCAGACAGUGGGGGAAAAAGGUAACCAAGUGGUGGGGAAAGGAGACCAGACAGUGGGGGAAAAAGGUAACCAAGUGGUGGGGAAAGGAUACCAGACAGUGGGGGAAAAAGGUAACCAAGUGGUGGGGAAAGGAUACCAGACAGUGGGGGAAAAAGGUAACCAAGUGGUGGGGAAAGGAUACCAGACAGUGGGGGAAAAAGGUAACCAAGUGGUGGGGAAAGGAGACCAGACAGUGGGGGAAAAAGGUAACCAAGUGGUGGGGAAAGGAGACCAGACAGUGGGGGAAAAAGGUAACCAAGUGGUGGGGAAAGGAUACCAGACAGUGGGGGAAAAAGGUAACCAAGUGGUGGGGAAAGGAUACCAGACAGUGGGGGAAAAAGGUAACCAAGUGGUGGGGAAAGGAUACCAGACAGUGGGGGAAAAAGGUAACCAAGUGGUGGGGAAAGGAGACCAGACAGUGGGGGAAAAAGGUAACCAAGUGGUGGGGAAAGGAGACCAGACAGUGGGGGAAAAAGGUAACCAAGUGGUGGGGAAAGGAGACCAGACAGUGGGGGAAAAAGGUAACCAAGUGGUGGGGAAAGGAUACCAGACAGUGGGGGAAAAAGGUAACCAAGUGGUGGGGAAAGGAGACCAGACAGUGGGGGAAAAAGGUAACCAAGUGGUGGGGAAAGGAGACCAGACAGUGGGGGAAAAAGGUAACCAAGUGGUGGGGAAAGGAUACCAGACAGUGGGGGAAAAAGGUAACCAAGUGGUGGGGAAAGGAGACCAGACAGUGGGGGAAAAAGGUAACCAAGUGGUGGGGAAAGGAUACCAGACAGUGGGGGAAAAAGGUAACCAAGUGGUGGGGAAAGGAGACCAGACAGUGGGGGAAAAAGGUAACCAAGUGGUGGGGAAAGGAGACCAGACAGUGGGGGAAAAAGGUAACCAAGUGGUGGGGAAAGGAGACCAGACAGUGGGGGAAAAAGGUAACCAAGUGGUGGGGAAAGGAGACCAGACAGUGGGGGAAAAAGGUAACCAAGUGGUGGGGAAAGGAGACCAGACAGUGGGGGAAAAAGGUAACCAAGUGGUGGGGAAAGGAGACCAGACAGUGGGGGAAAAAGGUAACCAAGUGGUGGGGAAAGGAGACCAGACAGUGGGGGAAAAAGGUAACCAAGUGGUGGGGAAAGGAUACCAGACAGUGGGGGAAAAAGGUAACCAAGUGGUGGGGAAAGGAGACCAGACAGUGGGGGAAAAAGGUAACCAAGUGGUGGGGAAAGGAUACCAGACAGUGGGGGAAAAAGGUAACCAAGUGGUGGGGAAAGGAGACCAGACAGUGGGGGAAAAAGGUAACCAAGUGGUGGGGAAAGGAGACCAGACAGUGGGGGAAAAAGGUAACCAAGUGGUGGGGAAAGGAGACCAGACAGUGGGGGAAAAAGGUAACCAAGUGGUGGGGAAAGGAGACCAGACAGUGGGGGAAAAAGGUAACCAAGUGGUGGGGAAAGGAGACCAGACAGUGGGGGAAAAAGGUAACCAAGUGGUGGGGAAAGGAGACCAGACAGUGGGGGAAAAAGGUAACCAAGUGGUGGGGAAAGGAGACCAGACAGUGGGGGAAAAAGGUAACCAAGUGGUGGGGAAAGGAGACCAGACAGUGGGGGAAAAAGGUAACCAAGUGGUGGGGAAAGGAGACCAGACAGUGGGGGAAAAAGGUAACCAAGUGGUGGGGAAAGGAGACCAGACAGUGGGGGAAAAAGGUAACCAAGUGGUGGGGAAAGGAGACCAGACAGUGGGGGAAAAAGGUAACCAAGUGGUGGGGAAAGGAGACCAGACAGUGGGGGAAAAAGGUAACCAAGUGGUGGGGAAAGGAGACCAGACAGUGGGGGAAAAAGGUAACCAAGUGGUGGGGAAAGGAGACCAGACAGUGGGGGAAAAAGGUAACCAAGUGGUGGGGAAAGGAGACCAGACAGUGGGGGAAAAAGGUAACCAAGUGGUGGGGAAAGGAGACCAGACAGUGGGGGAAAAAGGUAACCAAGUGGUGGGGAAAGGAGACCAGACAGUGGGGGAAAAAGGUAACCAAGUGGUGGGGAAAGGAUACCAGACAGUGGGGGAAAAAGGUAACCAAGUGGUGGGGAAAGGAGACCAGACAGUGGGGGAAAAAGGUAACCAAGUGGUGGGGAAAGGAGACCAGACAGUGGGGGAAAAAGGUAACCAAGUGGUGGGGAAAGGAGACCAGACAGUGGGGGAAAAAGGUAACCAAGUGGUGGGGAAAGGAGACCAGACAGUGGGGGAAAAAGGUAACCAAGUGGUGGGGAAAGGAGACCAGACAGUGGGGGAAAAAGGUAACCAAGUGGUGGGGAAAGGAGACCAGACAGUGGGGGAAAAAGGUAACCAAGUGGUGGGGAAAGGAGACCAGACAGUGGGGGAAAAAGGUAACCAAGUGGUGGGGAAAGGAGACCAGACAGUGGGGGAAAAAGGUAACCAAGUGGUGGGGAAAGGAGACCAGACAGUGGGGGAAAAAGGUAACCAAGUGGUGGGGAAAGGAGACCAGACAGUGGGGGAAAAAGGUAACCAAGUGGUGGGGAAAGGAGACCAGACAGUGGGGGAAAAAGGUAACCAAGUGGUGGGGAAAGGAGACCAGACAGUGGGGGAAAAAGGUAACCAAGUGGUGGGGAAAGGAGACCAGACAGUGGGGGAAAAAGGUAACCAAGUGGUGGGGAAAGGAGACCAGACAGUGGGGGAAAAAGGUAACCAAGUGGUGGGGAAAGGAGACCAGACAGUGGGGGAAAAAGGUAACCAAGUGGUGGGGAAAGGAGACCAGACAGUGGGGGAAAAAGGUAACCAAGUGGUGGGGAAAGGAGACCAGACAGUGGGGGAAAAAGGUAACCAAGUGGUGGGGAAAGGAGACCAGACAGUGGGGGAAAAAGGUAACCAAGUGGUGGGGAAAGGAGACCAGACAGUGGGGGAAAAAGGUAACCAAGUGGUGGGGAAAGGAGACCAGACAGUGGGGGAAAAAGGUAACCAAGUGGUGGGGAAAGGAGACCAGACAGUGGGGGAAAAAGGUAACCAAGUGGUGGGGAAAGGAGACCAGACAGUGGGGGAAAAAGGUAACCAAGUGGUGGGGAAAGGAGACCAGACAGUGGGGGAAAAAGGUAACCAAGUGGUGGGGAAAGGAGACCAGACAGUGGGGGAAAAAGGUAACCAAGUGGUGGGGAAAGGAGACCAGACAGUGGGGGAAAAAGGUAACCAAGUGGUGGGGAAAGGAGACCAGACAGUGGGGGAAAAAGGUAACCAAGUGGUGGGGAAAGGAUACCAGACAGUGGGGGAAAAAGGUAACCAAGUGGUGGGGAAAGGAGACCAGACAGUGGGGGAAAAAGGUAACCAAGUGGUGGGGAAAGGAGACCAGACAGUGGGGGAAAAAGGUAACCAAGUGGUGGGGAAAGGAGACCAGACAGUGGGGGAAAAAGGUAACCAAGUGGUGGGGAAAGGAGACCAGACAGUGGGGGAAAAAGGUAACCAAGUGGUGGGGAAAGGAGACCAGACAGUGGGGGAAAAAGGUAACCAAGUGGUGGGGAAAGGAGACCAGACAGUGGGGGAAAAAGGUAACCAAGUGGUGGGGAAAGGAGACCAGACAGUGGGGGAAAAAGGUAACCAAGUGGUGGGGAAAGGAGACCAGACAGUGGGGGAAAAAGGUAACCAAGUGGUGGGGAAAGGAGACCAGACAGUGGGGGAAAAAGGUAACCAAGUGGUGGGGAAAGGAGACCAGACAGUGGGGGAAAAAGGUAACCAAGUGGUGGGGAAAGGAGACCAGACAGUGGGGGAAAAAGGUAACCAAGUGGUGGGGAAAGGAGACCAGACAGUGGGGGAAAAAGGUAACCAAGUGGUGGGGAAAGGAGACCAGACAGUGGGGGAAAAAGGUAACCAAGUGGUGGGGAAAGGAGACCAGACAGUGGGGGAAAAAGGUAACCAAGUGGUGGGGAAAGGAGACCAGACAGUGGGGGAAAAAGGUAACCAAGUGGUGGGGAAAGGAGACCAGACAGUGGGGGAAAAAGGUAACCAAGUGGUGGGGAAAGGAGACCAGACAGUGGGGGAAAAAGGUAACCAAGUGGUGGGGAAAGGAGACCAGACAGUGGGGGAAAAAGGUAACCAAGUGGUGGGGAAAGGAGACCAGACAGUGGGGGAAAAAGGUAACCAAGUGGUGGGGAAAGGAGACCAGACAGUGGGGGAAAAAGGUAACCAAGUGGUGGGGAAAGGAGACCAGACAGUGGGGGAAAAAGGUAACCAAGUGGUGGGGAAAGGAGACCAGACAGUGGGGGAAAAAGGUAACCAAGUGGUGGGGAAAGGAGACCAGACAGUGGGGGAAAAAGGUAACCAAGUGGUGGGGAAAGGAGACCAGACAGUGGGGGAAAAAGGUAACCAAGUGGUGGGGAAAGGAGACCAGACAGUGGGGGAAAAAGGUAACCAAGUGGUGGGGAAAGGAGACCAGACAGUGGGGGAAAAAGGUAACCAAGUGGUGGGGAAAGGAGACCAGACAGUGGGGGAAAAAGGUAACCAAGUGGUGGGGAAAGGAGACCAGACAGUGGGGGAAAAAGGUAACCAAGUGGUGGGGAAAGGAGACCAGACAGUGGGGGAAAAAGGUAACCAAGUGGUGGGGAAAGGAGACCAGACAGUGGGGGAAAAAGGUAACCAAGUGGUGGGGAAAGGAGACCAGACAGUGGGGGAAAAAGGUAACCAAGUGGUGGGGAAAGGAGACCAGACAGUGGGGGAAAAAGGUAACCAAGUGGUGGGGAAAGGAGACCAGACAGUGGGGGAAAAAGGUAACCAAGUGGUGGGGAAAGGAGACCAGACAGUGGGGGAAAAAGGUAACCAAGUGGUGGGGAAAGGAGACCAGACAGUGGGGGAAAAAGGUAACCAAGUGGUGGGGAAAGGAGACCAGACAGUGGGGGAAAAAGGUAACCAAGUGGUGGGGAAAGGAGACCAGACAGUGGGGGAAAAAGGUAACCAAGUGGUGGGGAAAGGAGACCAGACAGUGGGGGAAAAAGGUAACCAAGUGGUGGGGAAAGGAGACCAGACAGUGGGGGAAAAAGGUAACCAAGUGGUGGGGAAAGGAGACCAGACAGUGGGGGAAAAAGGUAACCAAGUGGUGGGGAAAGGAGACCAGACAGUGGGGGAAAAAGGUAACCAAGUGGUGGGGAAAGGAGACCAGACAGUGGGGGAAAAAGGUAACCAAGUGGUGGGGAAAGGAGACCAGACAGUGGGGGAAAAAGGUAACCAAGUGGUGGGGAAAGGAGACCAGACAGUGGGGGAAAAAGGUAACCAAGUGGUGGGGAAAGGAGACCAGACAGUGGGGGAAAAAGGUAACCAAGUGGUGGGGAAAGGAGACCAGACAGUGGGGGAAAAAGGUAACCAAGUGGUGGGGAAAGGAGACCAGACAGUGGGGGAAAAAGGUAACCAAGUGGUGGGGAAAGGAGACCAGACAGUGGGGGAAAAAGGUAACCAAGUGGUGGGGAAAGGAGACCAGACAGUGGGGGAAAAAGGUAACCAAGUGGUGGGGAAAGGAGACCAGACAGUGGGGGAAAAAGGUAACCAAGUGGUGGGGAAAGGAGACCAGACAGUGGGGGAAAAAGGUAACCAAGUGGUGGGGAAAGGAGACCAGACAGUGGGGGAAAAAGGUAACCAAGUGGUGGGGAAAGGAGACCAGACAGUGGGGGAAAAAGGUAACCAAGUGGUGGGGAAAGGAGACCAGACAGUGGGGGAAAAAGGUAACCAAGUGGUGGGGAAAGGAGACCAGACAGUGGGGGAAAAAGGUAACCAAGUGGUGGGGAAAGGAGACCAGACAGUGGGGGAAAAAGGUAACCAAGUGGUGGGGAAAGGAGACCAGACAGUGGGGGAAAAAGGUAACCAAGUGGUGGGGAAAGGAGACCAGACAGUGGGGGAAAAAGGUAACCAAGUGGUGGGGAAAGGAGACCAGACAGUGGGGGAAAAAGGUAACCAAGUGGUGGGGAAAGGAGACCAGACAGUGGGGGAAAAAGGUAACCAAGUGGUGGGGAAAGGAGACCAGACAGUGGGGGAAAAAGGUAACCAAGUGGUGGGGAAAGGAGACCAGACAGUGGGGGAAAAAGGUAACCAAGUGGUGGGGAAAGGAGACCAGACAGUGGGGGAAAAAGGUAACCAAGUGGUGGGGAAAGGAGACCAGACAGUGGGGGAAAAAGGUAACCAAGUGGUGGGGAAAGGAGACCAGACAGUGGGGGAAAAAGGUAACCAAGUGGUGGGGAAAGGAGACCAGACAGUGGGGGAAAAAGGUAACCAAGUGGUGGGGAAAGGAGACCAGACAGUGGGGGAAAAAGGUAACCAAGUGGUGGGGAAAGGAGACCAGACAGUGGGGGAAAAAGGUAACCAAGUGGUGGGGAAAGGAGACCAGACAGUGGGGGAAAAAGGUAACCAAGUGGUGGGGAAAGGAGACCAGACAGUGGGGGAAAAAGGUAACCAAGUGGUGGGGAAAGGAGACCAGACAGUGGGGGAAAAAGGUAACCAAGUGGUGGGGAAAGGAGACCAGACAGUGGGGGAAAAAGGUAACCAAGUGGUGGGGAAAGGAGACCAGACAGUGGGGGAAAAAGGUAACCAAGUGGUGGGGAAAGGAGACCAGACAGUGGGGGAAAAAGGUAACCAAGUGGUGGGGAAAGGAGACCAGACAGUGGGGGAAAAAGGUAACCAAGUGGUGGGGAAAGGAGACCAGACAGUGGGGGAAAAAGGUAACCAAGUGGUGGGGAAAGGAGACCAGACAGUGGGGGAAAAAGGUAACCAAGUGGUGGGGAAAGGAGACCAGACAGUGGGGGAAAAAGGUAACCAAGUGGUGGGGAAAGGAGACCAGACAGUGGGGGAAAAAGGUAACCAAGUGGUGGGGAAAGGAGACCAGACAGUGGGGGAAAAAGGUAACCAAGUGGUGGGGAAAGGAGACCAGACAGUGGGGGAAAAAGGUAACCAAGUGGUGGGGAAAGGAGACCAGACAGUGGGGGAAAAAGGUAACCAAGUGGUGGGGAAAGGAGACCAGACAGUGGGGGAAAAAGGUAACCAAGUGGUGGGGAAAGGAGACCAGACAGUGGGGGAAAAAGGUAACCAAGUGGUGGGGAAAGGAGACCAGACAGUGGGGGAAAAAGGUAACCAAGUGGUGGGGAAAGGAGACCAGACAGUGGGGGAAAAAGGUAACCAAGUGGUGGGGAAAGGAGACCAGACAGUGGGGGAAAAAGGUAACCAAGUGGUGGGGAAAGGAGACCAGACAGUGGGGGAAAAAGGUAACCAAGUGGUGGGGAAAGGAGACCAGACAGUGGGGGAAAAAGGUAACCAAGUGGUGGGGAAAGGAGACCAGACAGUGGGGGAAAAAGGUAACCAAGUGGUGGGGAUAAGGAUACCAGACAGUCGGUGGGAAAAGGUAACCAACGUGGUGGGGAAAGGAUACCAGACAGUGGGGGAAAAAGGUAACCAAAGUGGUGGGGAAAGGAUACCAGACAGUGGGGGGAAAAGGUAA